AGGGAAAAGAACUUUGGCACGGAGGAGAGCGGCAGAGCCCGGGGAGGAGGAGGAGGAGGAGGGGGAGGAAGAGGAGGGAAAGACCCCGCUGGUGCCCAAAUGGGGGAGGGCAAAGAAUGGUAAGUGACACUGGAGGCGCUGGCGGCGACACAGGGGACAGAUGCGGCGGCGGGGAGCCGCAGCCCGAGCCCCGCCGCGAUGUCCGAGGCGGCCGCGGCCGCCGCCGGGUUCCUCCGCCGGCCCCGGUGCCGCUGGGACCCCGCGGGCAGCCGGCAGCUCGGCCCGUCCAGAGCCGGCCCCGCGCCAAAUCCCGGCCGGUCGGGGCCUUUCGGGGGGACGCGGCCGGCGGGCGGCUCCGCUGAGAGCCUUCCCCGCCGCAGGAGAGAGGCCAUGGCCGCCGCGUUCCUGCCCGGCAGCCUGCAGGACGAGGCCACCUGCUCCGUGUGCCUGGAGUUCUUCAAGGACCCGGUGUCCAUCGAGUGCGGCCACAACUUCUGCCGGGCGUGCAUCGCCAAGAGCUGGAGGGAGCUGCACGCCGACUUCCCGUGCCCGCAGUGCCGGGAGGUUUUCCAGCAGCAGAGCUUUCGCCCCAACCGGCAGCUGGCCAACAUGUCCGAGAUCAUCGGGCAGUUGGCGCUGCGCGGGGCCCGGGCGGCCGCGGAGGACGCGCUGUGCGCCAAGCACCGCGAGGCGCUCAAGCUCUACUGCAAGGACGACCGCCGGAGCAUCUGCGUGGUGUGCGACCGCUCCCGCGAGCACCGCCCGCACGCCGUGGUGCCCGUGGACGAGGCUGCCGAGGAGUACAAGGAGAAGAUCCAGGGGCGCCUGGAUUUCCUGCGGAAGGAGCGGCAGGAACUGCUGGAGUUCAAAGUGAACGACGAUAAGAAAACCCAGGAGCUGCUGAAAACCAUCGAGAGCGAGCGGCAGAAGCUGCUGUCGGACUUCGAGCGGCUGCGGCAGUUCCUGCACGACCAGGAGCACAUCCUGCUGGGGCAGCUGGACAAGAUGGAGAAGAACAUCGCCAGGAGGCAGAACGAGAACAUCACCGACCUCUCCAAGGAGAUCACGCUCCUCAACAAGCUCAUCGCCGAGCUGGAGGAGAAAAUCCAGCAGCCCAUGCUGGAGUUCCUCAAGGAUGUGGCGGGCGUCAUCAGCAGGAGCGAUGACGUGAAGUGCCAGAAGCCCGUCCCUGUCUGCACCGACAUGAAGAUGCACGUCUGCAACUUCUCCCUCAAAACUGUGGUCCUCGAGAAGGUCUUGAAGAAAUUCCGGGAACACCUGCAGGACGAGCUGGGAAGAGGUGAAAAAGAGGACCUGACCCUGGACCCCGACUCGGCCAACCACCUGCUGAUCCUCUCGGCCGACCUCAAGAGCGUCCGCAUGGGCUGCAGGAAGCAGGAGCUGCCCGACAACCCCAAGCGCUUCGACACCAACUCGCGGGUCUUGGCCAGCACGGGCUUCAAGUCGGGGCGGCACUACUGGGAGGUGGAGGUGGGGCCCUCGGACGGCUGGGCCUUCGGCGUGGCCAGGGAGUCCGUCCGCAGGAAGGGGCUGACGCAGUUCUCCCCCGAGGAGGGCAUCUGGGCCGUGCAGCAGAACGGGGGCCGCUACUGGGCCGUGACGUCGCCGCAGCGCACGCCGCUGUGCCUCAGCCGCAAGCUGAGCCGCGUCCGCGUCUACCUGGACUACGAGGGCGAGGAGGUUUCCUUCUACGACGCCGAGAGCAUGCAGCACAUCUUCACCUUCAACGUGGCCUUCCAGGAGAAGGUGUUCCCCCUCUUCUCGGUCUGUUCCACCGUCACCUACAUCAAGCUGUGCCCCUGAGGCGCCUCGGGGAGCGGCGGGGACGGGCCUGGGUGAGCUCAGGGGACUCGGAUCAGCCUGGCUUUGGUGGGACGUGGGCAGUGGGGUGGCCAGGAGAGCACCACAAGGAGGGUCUUCGGGGAGGAGAGACGUCCAGCAGCGCCCAGAAGUUGCGGUUGCCAGCUUCAAGGAAGGUUGUGGUCACCAACUCAGAGAGCGUGGCCACCAACCCAAGGGCUGCGGCCACCAAUCUGAGCUCAGCCCUGGCCGCGGUGACGAGCUCAGCCAGUCAGUGGGAAGGAACCCUCCAGAAGUCAUUUGUGGCUCCAGGUCUGACCCUGGAUGGGGGCUUAAGGCUCUGUGGGAAGGUCUGGAGUGGUUCCUCCACCCCUGUGGAAGUGACAAUGGGCUGGGAAAUGGAAUAUUUAUGGGGGACAGUGGGACAGGUAGGGUUGAGCAGGAAUCUUGGGGCAUCCAUCCAAAACAAAGCUCCUCUGUUUGUCCACAGAGAAGAAAUCCAGUCAGAAAUCUCCUGUUUCCUUCUCCCACAUGGGGAAAUGAUUUUCCCCCAAAAAAGCUGUUUUUGGGGUGUUGUGAGAGUUGUCUGAGCUGUCCCAGGUCAGACCUGCCCACUGUGGAGGAGCCUCGGUGGCUUUGGCUGCUCUCCCUCCCUGGUUCUCCACCCACAGCUCCUCUGGAAAAGGUUAAAAGGUGCUUUUUUUUUGGUUUUUUUUUUGUUUUUUUUAACUGAUGUUUGUCCUGCUGGACCUGAGCAAGGCCCACGUUUGUCCCUCUGGUGCUCCCGUGCUGAGGCUUUUCCGGGGACAAAAUAUCCCUCAUGGUUCUUCUCACGCUUUGCGUGGAUUUAGGUGCUGAACCUUGUGUUCCCUCAGGUUCUCAGCAAAAUCACCUGUUUAUCCUCAUUUCUUGUUUGUUUUUUUCCUCUGGAAACCCUCGGUCUCUGCCAAGGAGCUGACGCUGAACUCGCAUUUGCUUCAUCCCCUCUGGUUUUGCCGAAACAAAGGAAAAAAAAAAAAGAAAAAAAAGCAGCUUUAAAAAACAAUAAAUUAAAAAUAAUAAAUUAAAA